UAGUAUCUUCUAGAAGCUUUACCAGCAAAUGAUAGUACUCUCUUUCUGUAUGCUCUGUUUCCUUUUGCGCUACUCUCUUUCUGCUUUGUUGUUCUGUUUUUCUUUUCUUGCUCUGUUUCGAUUCUUUUUGCGGGCAUAUACGUUACUUAGGUCAAACUAUGUAGUAACGUCGCACGUAGAAGCAAGCAACAUGAAAACAAAUCCGUUUUUUUUUUUUGCCUUAUUUAAAAUUUUACUAUUUUCCCCUAAGUGAUGGAAAUUCUAAUAUUUAUUCUUAUAAAAUGUUAGAUUUCUUUCUUCUAUAUUAACAAUUAUCCUUUUCUUAUCUUUUCGAUGAUUCAAAAUACGUUUGAUUUCCUGUAAAAUUUGUAUUAAUACUAUGAAGAUUUUGGUUUUGUUGCUUAUUUUGUUUUUUCUCGCUUGGUUGCGUUUCGAAAAUAAUCAUUACUUUAUGUCAAUACAAAAAAUGCAUAGACGUUAAAGACAUUUGUAAUUACUGCAUAUCAUCAUGAUUACUUGUUUUUAUCUCUUUUUCAUUUUUCUUUUCUUAGCUUUAUCUUUUGUCUUCCAUACGAAAUAUAAUCAUGUUCUUCUCUCUUUGAUCAUUGAUUUCUUAGAAGAAGAAAAAAUCACAUUUUAUGGACGAAAACGACAUAAAUGCGACGAAAAAUCUUCCCUAGUGUAACUCACAUCCGACGUGUGAAGCUGCACAACCCAUGUGUUAUAAAGAAAGAAAUAAAGCAAUGGAGAGGCUGAACUCGAAGCUGUAUGUGGAGAACUGUUACAUAAUGAAAGAAAACGAGAGGCUAAGGAAGAAAGCUGAGCUUCUGAAUCAAGAGAAUCAACAACUUUUGUUUCAGCUCAAACAGAGACUCUCCGAAACUAAGAACCCUAAUGGUUCAAACAAUGACAACGACAUCUGUUCAUCAAGCUCUGCUUCGGGAAAAUCCUGAAUUAAAAGAUCUGACAUUGGUAGAAGAAAAAACUCAACCCGAAGGAUCUUUUGUUGUUGUUGUUGUUGUUGUUUUGUUAUCUGGUGUAAUGUAGGGAAGGUAGUAGUGUAUCCAAUAGUUUGUUCUGAAAAGAAGAUUCUGUUUUAUUACAAGACUACAGUGUCUCUCUGUUAGUCUUCUCACUCGCAUUCACUUUUAUUUCUAUUUUCUACGUUAACUAAAGAUCUUUGCUUU